GGAGGGUCAGCGCGCCUCAGCGGGGCGGCGGGAGGGCGGGCGAGCGAGCGGUGGCGGCUGUCGGGGCCUGCCGGGGCCGCUGAGGUUGCUGGGACCGGCGCUGCCGGGGCCGGCGGGGCGCGGGCCGUCUCUGUCCGGCCGGAGCGCAGAGCGGGGACACCCCCGCCCCUUCCUUCCUGUCGCCCCUCCCCCGCGGCGGCAGGCCCUGCACGGGAAGAUGGCGGCGGCGGCUGGAGGCGGCAGCGGUAGCAGCAGCGGCGGCGGCGCGGGAGCGGCAGGCCGGCCCGGGCUGUGAGACCCGCGGCGGGACGGAGCGGCGAGCAGCGGAGGAUGAGCCUGCUGUGUGCGCAGUAUCUCCGAACACAGCUUAUUUUGGAUGCUGUUACCGUGCUUUCUUUGUGCUGUGCUUUUAGGUUACUUGCAAAACACUGUUCCAGUGACCUAGAAGUGCAGUAGGACUUUUCUCGGAUUAUUCACACUGGCUUCUGCACUCAAGGGAUUAUCAUAAGGAACCAGAAGGCUGAGGAUUCUCUUGGGAUUGUUACACAGCCGUGGGCGACAGACUGAAUUUCACUGAUGGGACUCAAAUCAGAGAUACCCUUGAGGCAGGCAGAAGUCCUGAAGGCUGACAUGACAGAUUCGAAGCUGGGUCCAGCAGAAGUCUGGACAUCCAGACAGGCUCUACAGGACUUAUAUCAGAAAAUGCUAGUGACCGAUUUGGAAUAUGCUUUAGAUAAAAAAGUGGAGCAGGACCUUUGGAAUCAUGCCUUUAAAAAUCAGAUCACGACGCUACAGGGUCAGGCGAAAAAUAGAGCAAAUCCAAAUCGGAGUGAAGUUCAGGCGAACCUUUCUCUGUUCUUAGAGGCAGCUAGUGGCUUCUACACACAGUUAUUACAGGAAUUGUGCACAGUUUUUAAUGUAGACUUGCCAUGUCGUGUAAAGUCUUCCCAGCUGGGAAUCAUUAGCAAUAAACAGAUGCACACCAGCGCCAUAGUGAAGCCGCAAUCUAGCUCCUGCUCUUACAUCUGCCAGCACUGCCUUGUCCACCUUGGAGAUAUUGCUCGCUAUAGGAAUCAGACCAGCCAGGCAGAGUCUUACUACAGACAUGCAGCUCAGCUUGUCCCUUCUAAUGGUCAGCCUUAUAAUCAAUUGGCUAUUCUAGCUUCCUCCAAAGGAGACCACUUGACCACAAUUUUCUACUACUGCAGAAGCAUUGCUGUGAAGUUUCCUUUCCCAGCUGCCUCCACUAACCUACAGAAAGCACUUUCUAAAGCACUGGAAAGUCGUGAUGAGGUGAAGACUCGAUGGAGUGUGUCUGACUUCAUCAAGGCAUUUAUUAAAUUCCAUGGCCAUGUGUACCUGAGUAAGAGCUUGGAGAAGCUGAGCCCACUUCGAGAAAAGCUGGAAGAACAGUUCAAGAGGUUGUUAUUCCAAAAGGCCUUCAAUUCUCAGCAGUUAGUACAUAUUACUGUUAUCAAUCUGUUUCAACUACACCACCUGCGAGACUUCAGCAAUGAAACAGAGCAGCACAGCUACAGCCAGGAUGAGCAGCUCUGCUGGACACAGUUACUGGCUCUCUUCAUGUCCUUUCUUGGAGUUCUGUGCAAGUGUCCUUUACAAAAUGACUACCAGGAAGACUCUGGGGCUGCAUAUCCUCUUCCAGCUGUGAAGGUUUCAAUGGACUGGCUGAAACUUAGGCCCAGUGUUUUCCAGGAGGCAGUGGUUGAUGAAAGACGGUACAUAUGGCCCUGGCUGAUUUCUCUUCUAAACAGCUUCCAGCCUCAUGAGGAAGAUCUAUCCAAUAAUAAUGCAACCCCCCUUCCAGAAGAAUUUGAGUUGCAAGGAUUCUUGGCUCUGAGGCCUUCAUUCAGGAACUUGGAUUUUUCUAAAGGCCACCAGGCAAUUACAGGAGAUAAGGAAGGGCAACAACGUCGGAUACGGCAACAGCGUCUGAUCUUCACAGGCAAAUGGAUUGCUGAUAACCAGCCGAGGUUGAUUCAGUGUGAAAAUGAGGUAGGAAAACUGUUGUUUUUGACAGAAAUCCCAGAACUAUUACUAGAGGACCCUAGUGAAGCCAAAGAGAGUCUCGCCUUGCAGGAAACAUCUGUUGCAGACCCGCUAUCUACAGAUGGGAGCCCUGGACUCAAAUCAGUUCUGUCCUCUGGCAGAAGCCUGAACAACAACUGUGAUGCAGGAGAAAAACCAAUGGUCACGUUCAAAGAGAACAUCAAGCCACGGGAAAUUAACAGAGAGCAAGGGCGAAUCUAUCCCGGUAAAGAUGUAGGUAGGGAAAGACGGGACUAUAGCAAAGGAAUAGUAGCCAAUAAGAAUGAUGGAAAGAAGGACAACAAUAAAAGAAAGAAUGAGACCAAGAAGUGCGGCUUGGAUAAGAUGCAGGAAGCAGGAAAGCAGAACGUGGCAGUUCAGGUGAAAUCCCAGACAGAGAUGAGGAAGACUCCAGUGUCUGAAGCCAGGAAAACACCUGUAACUCAGACUCCAAGUCAGGCCAGCAGUUCUCAGUUCAUCCCCAUUCAUCACCCAGGAGCCUUCCCUCCCCUUCCUAGCCGGCCAGGGUUUCCACCUCCAACCUACGUUGUCCCCCCUCCUGUGGCUUUCUCCAUGAGCACGGGGUACACCUUCCCAGGUGGUGUUUCUGUCCCAGGAACCUUCCUCCAGCCCACAGCUCACUCACCUGCAGGAAACCAGGUGCAAGGUGGGAAACAGUCCCACAUUCCUUACAGCCAGCAACGGCCCUCUGGACCAGGGCCAAUGACCCAGGGACCUCAGCAAACACCACCUCCUUCCCAGCAACCUCUCUCAUCUUUACCAGCUCAGGCAACAGCACAGUCUGCAAGCCAGUUACAGGUCCAAGCUCUGGCCCAGCAACAGCAACAACAGUCCCCUACGAAAGCUGUGCAGGGCCUGGGGAAGAGCCCGCCACACCACUCCGGAUUCCAGCAGUAUCCGCAGACAGACUCGUCAAAGCAGCUCUGGAACCCACCUCAAGUCCAAGGCUCACUGGGGAAGAUCAUGCCUGUAAAGCAGUCCUACUAUCUGCAGGCCCAGGACCCUCUAAAAUUAUUUGAACAGUCAUUACAGCCUCCCGUGAUGCAACAGCAACCUCUGGAGAAAAAAAUGAAGCCUUUCCCAAUGGAGCCAUAUAACCAGAACCCCUCAGAAGUCAAGGUGCCAGAAUAUUACUGGGACUCUUCCUAUGGCAUGGCUGACAAUAGGGUGAUGGCACAGCAGUCUAACAUGGACCGCAGGGGAAAACGGCAAGGAGUCUUCCGCCCAGAGCAGGAUGCCGUCUCCAGGAUGACCUUUGAGGACCCCAAGAGCUCCCCUCUGCUUCCUCCGGACCUGUUAAAGAGUCUGGCUGCCUUGGAGGAGGAGGAAGAGCUGAUUUUCUCUAAUCCUCCUGAUCUUUACCCAGCUCUGCUGGGGCCUCUCGCCUCUCUUCCUGGACGAAGCCUAUUUAAGUCCCUGCUGGAAAAACCAUCAGAAUUGAUGUCUCAGUCGUCGUCUUUCCUGUCCCUCAGUGGCUUUUCUCUUAAUCAGGAAAGAUAUCCAAAUAACAGCAUGUUCAAUGAGGUAUAUGGGAAAAACAUGAAUACCAGCACAAAAACAGAGGUCACCCCUUCAGUUGCUCAUCAGGAGACUUCACUAUAUUCUCUCUUUGAGGGGACUCCGUGGUCUCCAUCCCUUCCAGCCAGCUCAGAUCAUUCGACACCAGCCAGCCAGUCUCCUCACUCCUCCAAUCCCAGCAGCUUGCCAAGCUCCCCUCCAACCCAUAACCACAAUUCUGUUCCCUUCUCCAACUUCGGACCUAUUGGGACUCCAGACAACAGAGACAGGAGAGUUGCAGACCGCUGGAAAACAGAUAAGCCAGCGAUAGGAGGGUUUGGUCUGGACUAUCUCCCAGCAACAUCAUCAUCUUCAGAGAGCAGCUGGCACCAGUCCAGUGCUCCCAGUGGCACCUGGGCAGCCCAAGGCCCUCCUGCUAUGGAGGACUCCUCAGCUGUGCUUAUGGAGAGCCUGAAGUCCAUCUGGUCUAGUUCCAUGAUGCAUCCUGGACCCUCAGCCCUGGAGCAGCUGUUAAUGCAGCAGAAGCAGAAGCAGCAACGCGGACAAGGCACCAUGAACCCGCCGCAUUGAGACAGAGGUGGCAACCCUUGCAAACGAAGGCUCCAUAAACCAUGGCAUGUUGGGUUUGCAGGACUGGCCCACACAGUCCUGUGCAGGUGGCAGCCCUCUCUUCUGUUCCUUGCUGUCAGGAGGGCGUAAGUGCUCCACCAACCCACUGAGUGUGCACAAAACGUCUGCAGUGCAAGAAAACAACAUCAGGAACUCUCCCAUCCCUGGGCCCUUUGGAGGGAGAGAGGAACUGCUGUUUGUCUCACUCAGUAACCCGAUAUCACCGCCUCUCACCUUCUCCAUCGUGCAUGUCCCCAGCCACAUGGGAAGUAAAAGCUGAGAAUGAAGGGCAGAUGGGAGAAGCCAAUGAGAACUUCUCAAUCCUUUUCCUCUCUUUGGGGAGAUAAAAUAGGAAUCCAUUAAUGAUUGCUUUGCUGACUGAGAAUGUAGUUGAAAUUACUCCUGAACAUCUUUAUUACUAUCUCAGUAGUAAGAUCACACUGAAUUCUUCCGUACACAGACGUGCUUCGUAGUCAGUGUGUAGCAAUGAAAGCCCCAGUUGCUGCUCCGGUCAGAGGUGGUUGGUGGCAAGGUGGGGCUCUAUCUCCUGGGCUAGCGAAGGAGUUUCAUGAAGGAGAGUCUGGCACUUGGCACCACUUCACCUUUCACCCAAAGGCUUUGGCCAGCCCAUGGGUGGGUUAGAGACUCCAGCAUGAAAUGCCCUCCUCUCAGCAGGUGUUUGAGCUAUAAUUGGUGAUGUGGGGCAUUGCAGCACUCUGCUGGACAAGCAAGUUAACUGCUAUGGGGUUUUAAAUUAAUGUUUGAUUCCUGUACAUUUUACUGUAGCAUAGUGGCUAGCCCCACAAAGGGCAGGCUAGUCUGUGCAUUCACGGCCUGACUCAUUUUAAUAGGUAGGUAGAAAGCUUUCAGUGGUUUUUGUUUGGGUUUUCUUUUUUCUUUCUCUCUCCAUCCUCCUAUCUUUGCUGGAUGCUAGUAGUUUCAUUACCAAUGUGCAACAUCUUGCAGAAAAUAGUCAGGGGUCCAGCAGGGCUGGGUAAAGCCGACAGUCAGCCUGGACAGUGUGGAAUGUACGCACCCCCGCAGGCACGCAUCAGCUCUGCAGAAACCCGUCCCCCUGUGCUCCCCGCCCCCAGCUGCAGCCCCAAACUUUCAGUUCCAGAAUGAAAUUCAAGGCACCCGUGGACACACGUGUGUAACCCACACACGGAAGAAAGCAUAGUGCUGUUCAUAGAUGAAAAGGUGCAGAAGGGAAAAGGAAAAUGUUUUAUUUGCUAUUUAUUAGGGGGAAGGAAGACUGGAAGCUUUGUUAAAGAAAAGGACAGCAUUUUUGUUAGGUUUCCCAGGGAAGUUACGGAAACAAUCUCAAUGUCCAUUUGCUGUGUUUAGCAGUAGGGGUUUGUGUGAUGAUUCAGGAUCUCUGAGCUGAAAGACAGCUGCAGAGCAAAGCACAUGCAGAAGCCGAAGUGACACUGGAGUCUGGGCAGCCCCAAAAAAAUACAAAAAGGGAAGACGGAGGAGACACGAUACCCCUCUUGGGGUAUGAGCAGCUCCCCCACGAUCUCCACCUUAGCAACAUCACUGUUCUUCGUUGCAUUUCGAAGCUGUAUUUCCUUUAAAAAGUCCAAAAAGUGAAGUUCCCACCCAGUGGUAACGUGAACCAAACCCCUCUGUACUUCCCUCCAGCCCUCCUGGUUUGUGUAUCGAGCUGUGCACCCAGGCAGCUGCGACAUUCCAGUGUUUGAACCGUCACUGACUCUUGCACCCUAGACGAGCUAACCAGGUUCGCCAUCUCACUCCCGGCAGUGCCAGGGUCCCAGCCGCACCGUUCCACUUGUGCAUGAGCAUCCAGCCUCGGGAAUGUGUCCGACUCUCGGCUGGGACUCCCCUCCUGCCCUCUGACGCCUGGGGGAGCGAGGGAAGGGGCCCCCAACAGAAACUGGUUUGUGUCGUAAGCUUUUUUUGUGUUUAUUGUCUGUCUGUGCAAGAACUGCAGCUGCUGAAAUCAGCUUUGCCUUUAAUUAAACCAUGUUCUCUCCA